AUGCUACAAAUCCUCGUAUACUCAGUGCUGCAACUUUUCCACUUUGUAGGAGGCAAUGAAUUAGGAGGAUUCAUCUGUCGUCUCCCAAAAAACAAUGGGUUCGCUUGUGGAGUCACUACACCUCAUUCUGCCUACUAUUUCGAUGUAGAGAUUCGAGAAUGUAUUGAAUUCAUGUUUGAAGGCUGUGGAGGCAAUCAGAAUAGAUUCUCCAGUCGACAGGAGUGUCUGAAUGGAUGUAAAAGUUUGACAUCUUGUGGAAAAGGGAUGCCAUUAAUGGAUUUUGCUGGAAAUAUCAAGCGAUGUGAUGGAGAAAGAGUUCCAUGUCCAGGAAGUCAUGAGUGUAUCGGGAAGGGGAUGAGCAGUGUGUGCUGUCAAAAGGCUGAUAGAAUCUGUCAGGCUUCGGUCCAUCCUGGAACACCAUGUGGUGUACCUCCAACUACAAGAUAUUACUUCGACUCUUCUUCCAAAACCUGUCGACCAUUCGCGUUUACUGGUUGUGGUGGCAAUGAAAAUAACUUCAAGAGCAAAGGAGAGUGUAUGAUGUUUUGUAGCACUGAAAUUAUUUGUCCACGUGGGGAGCCGCAUACUGAUCGAUACUCAAUCAACAAUAUUGCCACCUGCAUGGAAGACAAGCAUUGUCCGAGGAAUUACACUUGCACUGCUAAAAUGGGAAAGAAAGGGGCUUGCUGCCCGAGUAAAGAAUUCGUCUGUGGAACACCUUUUGAAAUCAAGAACAACUGCCGUAAGCCUGAACCAAUUAGCACAUUCUCGUUUGAUUAUCGCAGUGGAGGAUGCAAACGGGCAGAACAUUCGAAUUGUGAAGAACAUUUUAACUCAUUCGCCAACUUGGAACAAUGCGCAGAUUAUUGCAUUGGGUCCUGUCCCAAUGGUUUGGACACCCACACGAACCGGCGAACCGGCCAGCCCCACCUUUGUGAUUACUCGAAGAAUGAAGGAUGCCCAAUGGGCUUCGAAUGUUUGAAGUCCAGUCCAUAUGCGUCGAUUUGUUGUAAAACUCACCCAGUCUGUCCAUCACCGGAAUCCAUUUUAUUGGUUGAUGAAGAUAAUGAGGCAGUAAGAUGUUCGGCAAGUAGAGACAUUUGUCCAGAGCAAUAUCAAUGUCAGCCUGCAAAGAAUAUGGAAAGCAUCUGCUGCACCAAGCCUCUUAGCUGUCCUCCCGGAAUGGAUGCACUUCGGGAAAACGGAGGCCGCCCGCGAGUCUGUUCCAUCGGCGUUGAAGGCAAUUGUCCUCAAGAUCACAUGUGUGUCCAAGGAAAUGGCUCUUCUGGAGCGGCACGUCAUCUAUGCUGUAAGCCACGGAAGAAAUGUGUUAUCCCUUAUGUCGAUCCAAAUAAGAAGCGGCCGAUUCGCUGUUUUCCGGGUGACGAGUCAUGUCCAUUGUCAACUGAUUGCUUACCGGCUGUGGAGAAUUCAGAAAACUUUUCUAAUUUGACUAAUACAAUAGAUGUGAUGUUCUUUUGUUGCCAUACAGUUUCUAUCUUCAGCUGUCCUGAUGGAUCCACUCCGUUUCUGGAUCCGAAUUCUGGCCAACCUGCGGCGUGUUUUCCAGCCAAUCCAUUCUCCUGUCCAGCAGAGCAUAGUUGCACUUCCCUAAUGGAUGGUUCCAAUGCCUGCUGUCCUAUCGAAACACCUUUUUGCGCUGAAGCUCUGGUAUCUGAUGAUGGAUCACCAAUGACCUGCGAGGGAUGGGAUGACAACACUACGUGUCCACAAGGAAAAUGUCAAAAGGCUAUGGAUGGAAUGUACUACUGCUGUAGACCGCCUAUGUUGGUCCUACAGAAUAAUGCACCGAUGGUACCUCAAGUCGAAGGAGUAUCCGAUAGGGUUGGAGAGUAUAUCGCUAGAAGCUUGGGAAUACUGUAUACAGACUUUGUACGACCGAAGAAGAUACGACAGCCGGAAAAUUUGAAGUUGUUAAUAAGAGAUCCAAAAUAG